AUGAGCCUUCAAGAAGCAAUAGCAGCUGAUAGUGUCAAUGAGCUCCAUAGCUUAAUUGAGGAGGACGAAAAUCUCUUAGAUCAUGGAUCCCAGGGCCCCUUCCCAAAUACUCCAUUACACGUUGCCGCAGAGCAGGGGAAAACUAAAGUGGCCAUGGAGAUAGCCACCUUGAAGCCGCCGUUCACUCGAAAGCUGAAUCGAGGGGGUCACAGCCCCAUGCACUUGGCUUUGCAAAAGAAGCAUUAUCGCAUUGUGAGGGCACUGAUGACCCUCAACCCUGAAUUGGUUAGAGUCCGAGGAAGGGGCGGGAUCACCCCUUUGCAUUUUGUAGCCGGGGAAAAAGGAGACAAUGGGUGGGACAGCGUGGAGCUUCUGGAACUCCUGGCCGAAUUCUUGUCUGCUUGCAAAUCAUCCAUCGAAGACUUGACGAACCAAUGCGAGACUGCGGUUCAUGUUGCCGCCAGGACCGGCAACAACGAAGCAUUCAAGGUUUUGUUUGGAUGGCUUAAGCGAGUCCAUCUCACACGAAUCUUGGAAUGGAAAGACCAAAACGGUGACACCGUCUUACACAUUGCUGCAUCCGAAAAGCAGCCCGAGAUCAUCAAGCUGUUGAUUGGGUACACGGCUGUAAAAGCGAAGAACUUCCAAGGUAAGACGGCUCUGGACAUCUUCCAAGAGAAUCCUAGCGGCGAUCAAGAUCUAGCGAAUUGGUCACGCUGUCUAGGACGUCGGGCAAUUACUCCUACCCUCUCUCUAUCACAGUUUUUUGGCGAGGAACUAACUUCCUUUGAGAAGUGCGCAAAUUUUUUCAGAAUUCCAGAUGAAUCCGCUCGCAACAUAAUCCUUGUAGUGUCUACCUUAAUCGCGGCUGCCACUUACCAAGCCGCUCUCACUCCUCCAGGAGGAUACUGGCAGGAUUCCUCUUCAAAUGCCACCACCAACUCCACUGUCGUUAUCACCAAUUCCAGCAGCAUUGAUUCCGGAAAAACACAUCUAGCCGGAGAUAUUAUCCUGAGAGGUUGGGGAUUCACUGUGUACACGAUCCACAAUAGCAUGGCCUUCUUCGCCUCCAUCACCACAAUCUGGGCUACCACUUUUACUGUAGAGGCCAACCCUUUGCUUCACAUCCCUAUACCCCUUCUCUGCCUCGCUUACUAUUGCUCUCUUGGUAUCCAAAUUCCGCAAGACUGUGAGAUCAUCAAGCUGUUGAUUGGGUACACGGCUGUAAAAGCGAAGAACUUCCGGGGUAGGACGGCUCUGGACAUCUUCCAAGAGAAUCCUAGCGGCAACCAAGAUCUAGCGAAUAGAAUCCCAGAUGAAUCCGCUCUCGACGUAAUCCUCGUAGUGUCUACCUUAAUCGCGGCUACCACUUACCAAGCUACUCUCACUCCUCCAGGAGGAUACUGGCAGGAUUCCUCUUCAAAUCCCACAGCCAAUUCCACUGUCGUUACCGCCAAUUCCAGCAGCAUUGCUACCGGAAAAACACAUGAAGCCGGAGAUAUUAUCCUGAGAGGAAGUGAUGAAAAAAUGUUUGCUGAAUUCAAGGAGGCUAUGACUAGCCAGUUCGAGAUCAGAGAUUUAGUAUUGAUGUCCUAUUUUCUUGACCUUGAAGUGAAGUAA